GUCAAACAAUAUAAACAAAAUCUAUCAGCUUCUAUUCUAUUACGGCGGCUUCCUGAUAUUGAUGCAGUCGCCGGUCAUGAAUUACUAGCUACAUGGUAAACUCUGAGUUGCAAAGUCCAUCAUCAAUUGGCGUUGAAUUUAGACAAUAUUACAGAUCUGGUAAGAUCCAACCUAUUGAAUAUUGGGGAUGAGCCUGAUUCAGCCAUCUUUCUCUUCUUUUUGUUACUUUUUGGAGCAUCCUUUUUCAAACCUGUUUGGUCAGUGAAAGGCUGAAAGUUUAUUUUUUUCCUAAGCUCGUUUGAUUAUUCGGAUAUUAUCUUUUUCGGUUUAGAUUUUAAUUGAAAAAUUAAUAGAAAAUUACAUAGAAGAAAAACACAUUCAUCAUGUUCUACAUAAUUAUAUUUAUUUUUGUUUGAGCCUAAGAGUGAGACUCGGGAAAGUGGGGAGAGAAGAGCAAGCAAGGUGAACCUCCAAUCUGUUAAUGGCUAGAAGUUUAAGAGAGUCAGAUUUCUAGAGAGAUAAGUGGUUGUAUUUAGUGAGAGAGUCCAAAAUCCCAUCCCCUCCACCUACCGUAGUAAAUGCUCCUUUUAUAGUACAUUACAGUGAGUGGAUAUUUAAUGCAACAAAACCAUUACGUGUGUAAGAAGCUUAGGCCAUGCUUUAGGUCAUAAUUAUUCCUAGGACCAGGACUAGGAUGUGACCCUUCCUUCAAAGGCUACGACACCGUUCUUCUCGGCUCUCUUUCCCAGUUCGGAUUAACCGAAACGACGACGGCUUGGGCAGUACCAAACGACGCCGGCUUUGGUAAAGCGAAACGACGCCGACUUGGUCGAGACGAAACGGCGCCGCCUAGUGCUUCAGUCAUUCGCGGUCGUGUCUUUACUCGCGGGUGGUUCAUUGGGCCAUCUUAUUCGCGCGACUGGAUCCGAGCUAUAUCCCCAACAAUUUUGUUAUAUUCCGAUGAAUAAAAUAACGAUUCAAAACACACAUUUGUUUUGAUUUUAUCACUAUAAUAUUAAUUAUGUUACCAUAGUGAUGUUACCCAAGUAAGACAUGAUAGCAUCUCACUAUUGUAAUAUCACGAUCUUGUUACUACGACAAGACUACGGCGCAUCUUGCAUGGGAACUUCAGUAGCCGCCAUGGGAGAGAGGCUCGGUGCCAAAGUUGAAAUUUUGGUCCAAACAAACUGCCAUGUUCUUGACAAACCAACUAGCUAGCUAGCCAGCCGCCGGCCUUGAUUUAUAGAAUCCGGCGGCUGCUUUUUUUUAUUGCCAUUUUCACUUACUACUAUGGCUGAUUUAAUUUUGUUGGUCAAAUUUUCAAAUUAUUCGUAUCCAUAUAACGUAAAAAAAUCAACUCAUAAACCUUAUUAAACACCCGCCGCCUCCCACACCCGAUCACCUAUAAAAGCCACCGAUCUGUUCCUUCUUCUAUAACCAACAAACAAUCAUCCUCAAGUGAAAACCUAUUUUUUUUUUCUAGUUUCUAAGUUGAUCAAUCGAGCUCCAAUCUCCGUAGAUCAGUCAUGUCUUCCUCGCAGCAACCCGCUUCCAACAGGCUACAAGGCAAGGUCGCACUGAUCACCGGCGGAGCCAGCGGCAUCGGCGCCGCCGCGGCCGCGCUCUUCGCCCUCAACGGCGCCAAGGUCAUCAUCGCCGACGUCCAAUCCGACCUCGGCCACUCCGUCGCCGAGCAAAUCACCACCACCUCCCCUCACCCAGUCACCUACGUCCAAUGCGACGUCAGCAAAGAAUCCGACGUCGAAAACGCGGUAAACGCCGCCGUCUCAACCCACGGGAAACUUGACAUCAUGUUCAGCAACGCCGGGAUCAUGGGCCAGCUCGCGGGGAUGCAGAUCUCAACAUCGGACGGCCAGGAUCUCAUGAGAGUCUUCGAGGUCAACGUCCGCGGCGCGUUCCACUGCGCCAAGCACGCGGCGCGCGUGAUGAUCCCGGAAAGGAGCGGGGUGAUUAUUUUCACCGCGAGCAGCGUCACGACGACGUUUGGGAACGCGCCGCACGCUUAUACGGCGUCGAAGCACGCGGUGGUCGGGUUGAUGAAGAACCUGACCGUGGAGCUGGGUGGGUACGGGAUUCGGGUCAACUCGGUUUCGCCCGACGGGGUUCCGACCCCGAUGGCGAUGAAGGCGAUGGGGAUGGACCGGAAGGCGGUUCAGGAGCUCGGGUCGCAGAGGGCGAGCUUGAAGGGGACGAUGCUGGACGAAAACGACGUCGCGGAGGCGGCAAUGUACCUGGCGAGCGCGGAGUCCAAGUUUGUGAGCGGGUUGAACCUCGUGGUGGAUGGCGGCUACAAUUUGAAGAGUGCUUAAUUCACUGAUCAUUUGGUGCUUUAAUUAAUGGGACAAUAAUAAUGGUUUUCGGCGUUUUGUCGGGAAAUAAAUUUCAUAUAUAUGUGUAUCCGUGACAGCUUUGAUUUUUUUUUUUUUAAUUUCUGAAUAUUUGUUGUACUUUGGAAGCUCGAAUAUAAUAUAAUAUGACGAUUUAUAGAAAAAGCGCCAUAAAAUUUGAUGUUCAUGUAGCCCGAUAGACACUCUCCAUGGCAUAUUGAUAGUCUUUAUAGAAAAAGCGCCAUUGUGUUUGUGCAUUACGACACGUGUAGAUACCACACGACUACUUGUUCCAUUGAUGAACAUAAAAUAAUUGACGUAAAACCUAAAGUGUGAGAUGCUUCAAUUAGCUAGAGAUCUAACUGUACUUUCGUGCUAACGGUACUUAACUUAGUAUAACUUUUAGAGAUCUCAAGUAUAUCCAUGACUCCACAUUUUAGCUUGGAUUAGAAUAAUUUCCACGUGACCAAUCAACCAUGCAUCAAAGUAGUAACCUUUUUUUAUGAGUGAAAAUUCCUGUCCAAGUUCAGCUCACCCCACAUGAAGAUUUGCUAAAGAUGAAAGUUCAGUGACCAAUAAGUGAGUUCUAUGUAAGUUUUAAGGAUCGUUUGUAUAGCUAACCACAAAUUUGGAUAGCUUUUUUUAAGUUUACCCAAAAAGACGACUCUGCCUUCGACCGGAAGGAAGGAAUAUCAUAUCAGCAUAGUGGCAUGCCAUCCGGUUGAACCUGGUUCAACUUGUACCGGUUAUGAAAUUGGCAAGAUAUCAUUGGUAUGACCGGUAUGAUCGACUUACGCAUUUCAAGUAAAAUGACAUCAUUUUAAUAAAUUUAAUUAAUAAAAAAAUUAAUUUAUUCUUCAUUUUAUGAAUUUAAUAGUUAAAGUUGAUGAUAUUUGUUGGAUUGUAAUUAAAUUGUCCAUAAAUAUAUUUUAUAUAU